UUGACCAGAACCGUCACCUACCGAGGUUGGAUGUGUCUCUCAUCUUGACGCACGCCAGAGCUUUCUCAUUUUACCUGUCUUUUCUUCUUUAACUCUGACCAUAACCUAGGAGCACUCUAGUAAGACGAAGGUCCCGUUCUCCAAAUGACAUCCGUGGAGGGUGUGCCAGCCUGCCUGUUGACGACCGUCCCUGUCGUACAACCUCCGCACCUGGAGGGCGACCCGAGCCUUGCCACGGAAAUACUUCCGGGUCCCCCCUCGUUGCAAUCUAUCCAGCAAGGUCUAGCUCGCAAAGAUCACAAAAAGUUAGGACCAGCCUUUUCGUACUUGCCUGUCUCUGAUCCGGGCACCACGUACGGGGGGCAUAUGGUAACUCCAAUGACUACCGCUCCCAACGAGGUCGACGGACCUCGCAGGAAGCGAGCGAGACUGGAUAAGACUUCUGCUACUAGUAGGGCGCAACGUGCCUCUGCUCGCAAUCUCACGGCGCUGGGCGCACCAGAAGCAUCUAUACCUCUCGAAUCGGUGGCAUCCACUUCACAGCUCAUUCCUGAUUCUGACCCCCUCGCUCCUGGUCCUGAUUCUGACGAUGCUAUGAUGUCUGGCUCAAACUCGGUACCUCCUGGUGAAGAAGUUGGGUAUAAUGCGUCGAACGCACGGGCGAGGAGGGAAAAGGGAAAAGAUAAGGAGAGGGAUUCUGGAGUGAGGGUGAAAGACGAGCCUGUGGCGUUUGCCCUGCAGUCUUUUGAGCCAUCCCCUGCUCUUCCCAACGAAGAUCACUGUUCGGCGUGCCGAUCUUUUGGAUCCUUAGUUUACUGCGAUGGUUGCCCAAGGGCUUAUCAUUUGUGGUGUCUUAAUCCUCCUAUGGAAGCCUCUGACUUACCAGAAGGCGAUUCUCGAUGGUUUUGUCCCGCCUGUAUACGUCGUCAGAAUCCGCCUCCAAAGCCUCUUGCAUCCCUGAAAUUUAUGGCCCCUCUUAUCACUCAUGUUCAAACCAUCCUUCCUUCCGAGUAUCAAUUGCCCUUAGAUAUCCGGACGUUCUUCAAAGACGUCGGCACUAGUAGUAGAGGAACAUAUGUUGACACCUCCGAAAUCAAACCUCCUCGUCUCAAUCGUCAUGGCCAACUUGAAGAUCGUGAACCUUACCGUUUGAAGGAUAGAAAUGGCGAGCCGAUUCUGUGUUUCAAAUGCGGCACCUCCGCUCUUCCUCGGGGUGUGGCAGCAGCAGCUCCAGCGGCCAAACGGGCAAGGAGGUCGACUAGCGCUCUUGCUAGCAAUUCCGAGAGCAGCGGGCGUAUGAUCAUUAGCUGCGACUACUGUCAUCUCAAUUGGCACUUAGAUUGCCUGGAUCCUCCCUUAUCUUACAUGCCUCCUUGGGGUAGAAAGUGGAUGUGUCCUAAUCAUGCCGAACAGAUUCUUAAACUUAAGAAGCGUAUCCCUCGUCAAUCCCAGCCUAUUGAGGUGACGAAACCAGGGCAAUUCAACAAUGGCAACAUUGAGAUCAUACAUCCAGAGCUUUCCCCAAUCGUGCAAAGCAAAGUGGCUGUCGAUGAAGUGCUGAUCAAUGGAAGACGAUAUCGAGUGCCAGAAAGAGUCAUAACUAUGGACUUCUGGAAUAAGGCCAAUGGCAAAGGGGAAGAGAUAGAAGUCGAGUCUGAAGUUGAUCAUGAAAUGAGCAGCGGUCUGUCUUCGCCACUGACGGAGCUCAGCUCGCUAUCAGAAAUCGAAGAGACACCUCAACCGUCUGUCCCGAAAGUAGGAUUGUUCGAUAUGGACGAGCUGAAAGCAGCGCUUUUCCUUUGUCACCUACAAAACCAAACUGCGACGUCAAGCACUGAGUCGGCUAAACACACUAAAGAUACCGAGCUUGACGUCUCAGAACGAGACAUGAGGGCAAAGACGAAGGAUGGCCCUCUCCUCGAAUCGAAGGUCACCCCGCUUGCUAACGGUAUCUCGAAAGGCGAACAAUCGCUGUCUAAACGCCAAUCAAGAGCAAGUUCAGCCAGGGUCGCCUCUACGAAAGUUUCCAAGAUUUUGACCCCGCAACCAGCUGCAACUGGAACAAGGUCGAGGUCCAAACGACCAGCAGUUGUAGAACAGUCAGACGAUCCUAUAGAAGAUGUUCCGCCGUCCUUCUCUGUGCCUGUACUGCGAGGAUCACGUUCGAAAUCUCAUCAUCAGGAUGCCUUCCCUGCCUCUCUGUCCCUCCCUUCACGUAAUGGUGUCGAUGGCGCCGAAUCGAUAUCAGGGGGUCCUCAACAAACCGCAUCUACUCCUACAGAAGAACCAUCCUCUAGCCGAACGUCUACAAGGCCAAAGAGGACACGCCAGGCUCCCCCGAGUGAAUCCGAUGGUGACACUCCAAAGCGUUCACCGGAUCCGGUGGAAGAGCAAGCACCUGUGGCGUCCAGCUCCCGCCCAAAGCCGUUACCCUCCCAGCCUGCUCAGCCUCCAAGGAAGCGUGGGCGGCCCAAGGGUUCCACCACGAAGCCAGUUACCUCUGCGCCCGGAAAGAACGCCGUUCCUACCACUCCUUCCGUGCCAGUGAAGACAGAUCCUGGUGUAACGACCACGCCAUCGUUGAAGAUUCGUCUGCCUCGUUUAGGGAGCCUCAACCAGCAGACGAACGUUGCGCCAGCUGUUUCCAACGAUAUUGAGAUCGCGGGUCCUUCCAGUCCGCCAAGCGGUCGCCGCAAGAGUAAGAGAGCGGGACAAGGCACUCGCGUUCACCAACGAUCACAUCCACGGCAAACCUCUUCAUCGAGGACUUCUGCUACAGACGUUCCUUUGUCAGUCCAGCCUGAUUCUAUCUUGCAGUCGAGUUAGACUUUAGUAUUUCGAUGCAUAGAUGAUUGUAGCGGUUAUCGAUUGAGAAGUAGUAGAUAUACAUGUACUGUGUCACACAUGCGAGUACAAUAUCGCCUGUAAUAUUCCAACUCUAGUACUUCUUUUUGUCUUCACGUCGUGACGCAUAGAGUUUUACUCAAGACCGUUGAUCGA